AUGAUAUUCUCUCCCCAACCUGCACAGACCCAGGUCAUCCAGCAGGAACCACCUAGGAUGACAGUGACACAGGCGACACAGACGGAACCAGAGGCAGCUCCAACUCCAAGGGUCGAUUCUUUGGCUCCCCUCAAUGCAGUCCUGGGGCACUUUGAGAAGACGAUGGAGGUAGCCAUGGGGAAGAUGAUUUUUGCGGUCGAGUCGGUGGCACGGGCCACACGCCACGUUCAACAGUCUAUUGACGCCUUGGGGACAACAGUUUCGCAGGUAACAAGAGCGGUUGACAGACUCACAGAUGAGCAGAGACGCUUGGCGCGCAGUCGCGAAUCGACAGGGAAUCAAAGCAACAAGCGAGCGAGGGAAGACGAGGACAAAGAGAAUGACAGAGCCCUGAAGUCCGUGCAAAUGAACAUCCGCUUUGUGUUGUUAGUGACAUCAAGUUUAUCGCAUCUAAUGGGGACAGGCGCAGAUGUGUUCAUCCUGCAAACUGCGAGGCAAACUGUAUCUGAAUGUGGCCGAAAUCUAACAUUAGCUUGCAAAUUCAAGCCGGACACAUUUUGUAUUGUUUGGAAAAAUGCAAAUGAUAUGGCAACAAUAGCAGAAUGCAAACAAAAAUGGUGUAAAUUAAAUCCUAUCUAUGCUGGCAAGUACAGAAUUUCAUUCGAUUUGAAUCAGUGUAUCCUAAAUUUGACAAUGAUAAAAGCGACCAUAGAAGACAAUGGACGAAAGUUGGUGUGUUCAGAUGGAUCUCACAUAGCGUCAAAGAUUGUAAAUAUCAGAGACCGUGAGCCUCUCCUUUAUGAAGAUACAAAAUCUGGGACCAUAAUGGCGAAAUCUGGCUGCACGUCACAGAACACCAAUGUUUCUUUCAAAUGGAAAUUGAUAUCUGUUAAUAGUGAUAACGAAAAAGAGAUCGACCCGAAAAUCAGAGAGAGAAAAACAUUAAGUUGUAAAAACGAUUCUGAUUGCGGAAAUGACAAGCAAGUACAUUAUACAGAGAUAAUUGCCGUGAAUGCCAGCGUCAAUGGGAAUUACCAUUUGAAAGUCGCAGCAAUUUACGGGAAUGAAAGCAAAGAGACACAUUAUUCAUACAAGUCUAUUAUGAAAGUCCGAGAUGAAGAGCAAGACGACCUACCAAUUCUCUCCGCUGAUGAAGAACAUUUAAAUCCCGGAAGCGCAUCUAUUAAAACAAAAUAUUAUGUGGGAGGUUUUUUACUUGCAGCUGCGACUAUACUUUGCAUCUUACCCAUAUACAGGUAA